AUGUCAACUGACGACCAUAUUUCCCCGGAAACCAGAAUGAAGACUAUUUUAGAUAUACGCGUUGGUGCUGGGGCAUCAGUUGGAAACAACAAUGGAGUUGCUAUUGGUGAAGAAGGACAGCAGUAUAGCUUUCGUGUGUUAUCUAUUCCAGCCCCUGCAACGGAAAAUGCAGGAGAUGGAUUCGUGAAUGAAUAUACGCGGGAUCCCAACUGGCCUUCUUCGGUCGACAUGGCUGCCUCUUAUUAUGCGUGUGCACCAAAACCUUACAACACAUCGGACUCCGAACUAACAGUUCCUGCCGUGACACCACGGCAGCUGCUAUUAUCUGAAAGUUUCAAACUUCCGGCCGGUCCACCGGAAAAAUUGCGGAGACUUGAUCCCACCGACCUGUUCUGGCAGGCGUACCACAAUAUUGGGAAUCUCAUGAUAUGCAACUGCAUCACUGUUCUGACGACUCAUCCUAUUGUUCUUGACCAUCUACGGACAGCUGCCGAGAUGCUGUUGUGCCGGCAUCAGGCUUUGCGGUGCUCAAUCAACGAGAGUGAUUCCUCCGAAGAACAACAUCUGCGGGGUGCCAGCAAGGGGAGCGCUACUCAAGAUAAAGGUGACAAGAGCUUUGCAAGCCGGCUGCGAAUGCUCUUCAUCAAGGGAGCUGAUAGUCUCUGCUGCUCGUGCAGAAGAAGAAGAAAAGUCCACGUGUGGCAGGAUACUCGCUCUUCAGCCCGCCUGGAUGUCGCCAUGGCACGAUGGGAUUGCUCUGACGGGGGAAGUGAGAGGGAACGUUUUGGGGCGCUGCAAGACGACGAGUGGGUUAAGGCAAUGGCACUCGAACAGAAAAUUAGUUUCGACACUAAGGGAGGUGAGAACAGUUAUGUUAAACAAUAUACAAUCAAAAUUAAGUCUGUCGGCUUGAGUCUGGUUGACAGUCACCGAACGAGUGAUACCUCCUCGUUAUCCACAAGAGCGGACGCUAGGGCGAGCUAA